AUGGCUUUUGCACGUCAUCUUCCCGUUGAUAUGUCUCUUUUGCAUCUUCAAGACAACCAUGUUGUUAAGGCAAUUUGGGAAGGAAGUGAAAGAGUUCUUCGACCGAGAAGACAUGCAUUAUGGAUAGCGAAGCAUGUCGAUGAACUAGAUGGAAGAGUGAUCAACAUACUACAAGCAGUCGGAUUUAACCAUAUUUUGAAAGUCUCAAAUAUGGAAAUAAAUCACGUCCUAGUGACUGCUUUAGUGGAAAGGUGGAGAAUUGAGACUCAUACUUUCCACUUGCCUCUUGUGGAAAGUACAGUAACAUUGGAAGACGUUGCAUUGCAACUAGAGCUUCCGAUUGAAGGUCAUGCUAUCACUGGCAUCAACAGUGGACCUCUGACAUUAUUUUGCCAACAACUACUAGGACAUGUUCCACCGGUAAAUACUAUCAGGGGUAACAGAAUAAAAUUGUCCUGGCUGAAUAAUACAUUUCGCCAGUUACCUUAUGACGCCCUCGAUGAGGUAGUGGAACAAUACGCUAGAGCGUACAUGUUGUUGAUAAUUGGCAGCAUACUAAUGCCAGAUACUUCUGCAAGCAUGGUACAUUUGAUGUAUCUCCCACUUUUAGCUGACUUGCAGAUGGUGACAAACUAUAGCUGGGCAUCUGUAGUUCUGUCCUGUUUAUACCGUGCCCUUGAUCAUGGUACAAGAGUUGAUCAAGACAAUAUCGGCGGCUGCAUGAUAUUGUUACAGAGUUGGGCAUGGGAAAGAAUAACAUGUAUUGCUCCGCAAAUACAUGAGGUCAAUCAGGACGACAUUUAUGGCGGUGCUGUUUUUCCACUGGCGAAAAGAUGGUGUCGAACAACACUAUCAAUUUUUCACGACACCACAACUUUACAAUAA